AAGUUUUCUCCUUUUUAUUCUUGUAAUUUUAUUAUUUGUUCAAAAAUUUGAAGAUCAAAUUUGCAAACAAAAUUCGACAACCCAAUUAAUAAAUAAACAGCGAACAUCUUUACGAAAAUAUAGUUGUCAACUGAUUUGCUUCUUAGUAUUUUCGAAAAUUAGGGCUUAUUUUCAGUAAGGCAAUCUCGGAGUGUUUGCGUGUCGUCUGUUGUGUCUAAGAUGAUGAAUCCACUAGUACUUCCUCCACCGUCGCUGAUGACUAAUUCUCAGAUUAUGAGUCAGAGUCUGUUAUUAGGUCAAUCUAAGGGUUUGAAUUAUUGGAGUAUGGCUAUGAACAAGCAACAACAAGUGAUCAACAUGGCUCAUUCUCAAUCUCAGGCUAUGGUGAAUAAUCAACCUCUAAUGGUGAACCCCUUAAACUUUAGCCUUAACCCUAAUUCGGUAAACCCUAAUAAUUAUGGUCAUAACUGGAAUGGUAUUCCUAUUGCUGCAGGUGGUAACAACAGAGAUGGUUCAUGUUCAGGUUGUUACAAGCCUCGGGCUUUGAAUAAGCUUCAGUCCAGAAACAGGAAGUUUUACCCGAAGAACAACUAUGCUAAUCGAUAUGUUCCUAAUGCUCCACGGAACACAAGCUCUUUUAUCAUCCGAGCGAAGAAAUCUGGUGGAAUUGCGGAUUCAGUGUCUCCAUGCCUUGUAACGCCAUCGGUGUUGACUUCCCCGAUGUUCUCUCCAUCGGUAGAGGUUUUGGACAAUAUGGUAAAGGAGGAAUGGGGAGUUGAUGUGUAUGGAUCAAUGGAUGGGUUGGUUAGGCUGAGAUCUGUUGGUAUUCAUGAAUUGGAACCGUUUGAUGAAGAUGGAGGAGGAUCGUGUAAGAGUGAUGGGGAGAAGCAUGUAGAGGUUGAGAAGAGAUUAGAAAAUGACUUGAGCCAAUUAGAGAUAGUAUGUCCGAAUGGUCGUGGUAGGUUUGAUUAUAACAAUGACUUGGAAAACAGAGUUGAUAAUCAGAAUAGGCAUAUUGCUCAACUAGAGGAAGAGAACUUAACUGUGAAGCAGAGGUUAUCCUUGAUGGAAAGGGAAGUUGGUGAUUUUAAGAGAAGGUUAGAGUCUCUCGAGAUGCGGAAUAUGGUUGUCGGUGAAGAUGUUAAUGGAGAGGUUGUAGAGAAUGAGUCUGGAAGGGAUAGUGGAACACAUGGCUCUGGUGCGUUUACUAGUGGUGAGGCAAUGGAGAACCAUUUGGCUGCAGGAGAUGUUUGCAAGCAGGAUAUGGUGAGUGACAAAGCUGCGGGGAAUGAAAUUAACAACACUAGCCAAGGCAAAGUAGAUGAAGCAAAAGAGAACAAUUGUACAAACAGGCAAGAAAUUAAGGAUGAAGACAAAAAUCCCAACAAGAAAACAGACGCAUACCGACGAAAGUGGUCGUCGGUUUCAGUUGGUCGGAAAAAAAAAAUUCUUCGGAAAUCCAUCAGACAUUCCGACGAUUUUCUGACGGAUCGCGAUGAACUCGAUUCUAACGAAGUUCCGACGCCGUUCCGAUCACAGAUUCCCUCGGAAAUCCGUCGGCGUCUUCCGAUCACCAUAUUCAUCGGAAACUCAUGUUUCCGAAGAAGUCCAAAGCAUCGGAAGCUUCCUACGAAACAGGUCGUCGGAAAUUCCGACGAAAUAUGUCGUCGGAAAUUCCGACGAAAUAUGUCGUCGGAAAUUCCGACGAAAUAUGUCGUCGGAAACUUCCGAUAAACAUUCUGAUAACGUUUGUCGUCGGACUUUCCGACGAAACA